GCCUGUACUCUGCCUGAUGCCUGUACUCUGCCUGAUGCCUGUACUCUGCCUGAUGCCUGUACUCUGCCUGAUGCCUGUACUCUGCCUGAUGCCUCUACUCGGCCUGAUGCCUCUACUCGGCCUGAAGCCUCUACCCAGCAUGAUGAACUGAUCCAGCCUGACGAUUCAAUGUCUGCCCCGGUGCCCGCGGUCAUGCCAGUUGACUCGGAGCCACUGCCUUGCCAGAUGACGCGGUGCUCGCUGUUCGAGCCAAAUGACUUGAUGCCUGGUGACCCGAUGCCCGCUGUCCAGUCAGACGAUCCAAUGUCUGACCCAGUGCCCGCGGUCAUACCAGUUGACUCGGAGCCCACUGCCUUGCCAGAUGACGCGGUGCCCGCGGUCGAGCCAAAUGACCUGAUGCCUGGUGACCCGAUGCCCGCUGUCCAGCCAGACGCUGAUGCCUGGUGACCCGAUGCCCGCUGUCCGGUCAGACGAUCCAAUGUCUGACCCAGUGCCCGCGGUCAUACCAGUUGACUCGGAGCCCACUGCCUUGCCAGAUGACGCGGUGCCCGCUGUCGAGCCAAAUGACCUGAUGCCUGGUGACCCGAUGCCCGCUGUCCAGCCAGACCAUCCAAUGUCUGACCCAGUGCCUGCGGUCAUACCAGUUGACUCGGAGCCCACUGUCGUGCCUGGUGUCUCGGUGCCCGCC